GCGGCCCCCGCGCUGCGGCGGGCGGGGGACGGAGGCACCGCCAUGGGCGCGGAGCAGAGCGCCGAGGCCGAGAGCCGCCCGGGCGAGCCCAGUGCCGCAGCAUCUCCGUUGCCAGCCAAGCAACGAGCAAAAAUGGACGACAUUGUGGUCGUAGCCCCAGGAACACAAUCCUCAAGGAAUGUCAGCAAUGAUCCAGAUGUCAUAAAACUGCAGGAGAUUCCAACUUUCCAGCCCCUUUUGAAAGGACUCCUCAGUGGGCAGACGUCUCCAACCAACACCAAGCUGGAGAAGCUGGACCCACAGCAGGUGCUGCAGCUGUGCCUCCGGUACCAGGACCACCUCCACCAGUGUGCAGAGGCCGUGGCCUUUGACCAGAACGCACUGGUGAAACGCAUCAAGGAGAUGGACCUCUCUGUGGAAACUCUUUACAGCCUCAUGCAGGAGCGCCAGAAGAAGUACGCCAAGUAUGCAGAGCAGAUCCAGAAGGUCAACGAGAUGUCUGCCAUCCUGCGCCGGAUCCAGAUGGGCAUCGACCAGACGGUGCCGCUGAUGGAGCGGCUGAACAGCCUCCUGCCAGAGGGGGAGCGGCUGGAGCCCUUCUCCAUGAAACCUGACCGGGAGCUGAGGUCGUAGCGCUCUGGCAGUUCCCCCUCCUCACCUUCCACGCUCCAUGUUCGGCACGGAUGCGUUUCCAGCAGGCUGCAUUGGCAGGUGUUUGGAGUGGGCAGCACUGCUGCUGGACUCUCUGCCAGGGCAGCAGAGGGAGAGCAGCAUUAGCUGCCAGAACUGCACAGUCAGGAAUCCAGGAGCUCCCCAAAGGAGAUGAUUUACCAUUCUCUCAUCUCCCUCCUCUUGCCCUCUUGUCUCCUUUGCCACUACACCACCUGUGCAGACACAUUUGUUUCACUGCUGUGACUAGUUGUGGUUUACAGAGGAGGAAUUUCCUUUCAUCUGAUUUUUUUUUUUUUACUAAAAAAAUUCAAUGGGAUAUGGGGUAUGACAAACACUCUAACAUGUUUUUUGUGCCACUGGGGUUUAUACAAUUAAGAUGGCUGGAAGGUAUUUCUGCGAUCCCCUGGCCUUGGAAAUAUGCGUGUUUUAUAGGUGAAAGUGUGGGAGCCAGGAACUGGCUUAUUAAAAUCUGGCCAUUAUCAUAAUUAACAUGGUUUGCAUGGCAGGGUUUUUGGCAUGUCCUUGAGGCUCCUGUUUCUGUGGGCUCACUAAUUUAUGAGGCUGUAAAGGAGUAACUGUUCUAGAUAUGUAUGUCUGUUGGUGUAAAGCAAACCUUAGUGUUCCUCUCCCCCUUGCCCUGGCAAUGUCCCCAUGCCCCAGCUGGUGGCACUCUGACAGUCACCGAUACCAACCUGCUCACUUUGCAUCCCAAAGGUGUCUUUUUUUAUUGGGACACUCAAGUUACCUUGGUGCUGUCCUUUUUUACCAGUGGGGUGCAGCUGCUUCUUCAAGUGUGUGAGGCUGGAGGGGAGAGACGUAGGAAGUCCUUUGGCUCUUUUUGUUGGUUUAGCUACCCUUGUGCCGGGAGCUGGUGGUGGCAUGCUGCUGAAUUACUGAAACCAUGGGGCCCUUCUCAGCCACCUGCUCCAAAGGCAGCAAGAUGUUCGUGCCUCCGCCCAGGCAAACCAAGGCCAAAGAACCCAUGAACCCCAAGGGUUGUUGUGUGUCAGGAAUGCAGUUCCAGCGAGGACAGUCAGGGACAACCAGCUUUUGGUACAGCACAAGGUGGGGUCACUUGCCAAAGGCAACUUGUUUCAAUAUGUCUUAGUACUUAAGAGCAUUUAUUAAGCAAAAGGUUGUCUCUAAACAUUUGGAAGUAAGAGUGCAGUAGGUUUUUGAUUGUAAUAAUUAUUGCCUGGUGGCAAGAAGCAACAGUCUGUUCUCUUGUUGCAUUCCCAAAGGCCAGCAUGAAUUUUUGUCAUGCAGACUGCAGCCAACUUAGAUGUGUGUCAGAACCAUGGUGGUGGUUGGAUUCCAGGGCCUGCUGAACACUAUCUAGAAGAAGAGUCCUGUAGAAAUGAAGCCCCCUGGAAUGUCCUGGGAAGUGGGACUGACUGCAUCAGGGAGGGAAGGGAACUCAGCAUGAGGGUUUUUAGCAAAGGCAGCAGGUCUCCUUGCCUGCUGCUCUCACCCCAGAGGUUUUACACAGUUGCAUGUACACAGGCAUAUGCUGUGUGUUGCCCAGCAUAAAACAUCAAAAUUCCAUCCUUGUUAAAGGUUCCUGCCAUGUUUUACACUUGGAUUGUUAAAAUCUUACAUGAGACUUAACCCAGGAAAAGCUGUUUGUCAUGGCCAUGCCCUUGUGGGUCCUCAUUGUCCAUCAUGGAAUAAUGUAUCUCUGCUUCCCACCAUCAGGCACACAAGAAUAUUGAGCUGCUUUAAAUAGUGGCAGCAGCCAUUUUUGUCCUCCUUGUCCAGAUGCUGCUGUCUGGAUGUUUUAAAUAUGCAACAUUCAGCUGUCUGCCAGAUGGGAUCUCAUGAGUGUCCCACACCCUAGUGUGCUGGAAGCCUGUGCCACUGGGAAGAUCCUGAUACUGGAUCUCAAGGCAGAUGCUCUCUCCUGUAAGAUACUUUUCUGAGGCUUGUAGACAUUUGGCCUCAGGCCAUUAAGUAUCAGAUCAAAGCACUGCUCCCUGCAGUGCUAAUGAGGAGAAAGGAGUAGUGCUCCCAACUGAAGGCUGCCAGGAGCAAGUCCUGCAAAUCAGUUCCUUCCUCAUUUGCCAGAAAACACCAAGCUGUUGGGCUGAGAAUGGGAGAAAGUUUGUUCUUAGGAACACUGGUCUUUAAGCUUGUGGCUGUGCUGCUGGGCCUCACAGACAGAGCUUCUUGAACAGCAAGGGCAGGUUGUGGAAGGCAUAUCUGAACUAGAAAGAAAUAAGAGCUGAAAUGUGAAGGCCAACUGUUUUCAGUGUUCACAUAUAUCACAAUGCUCACAAUAUCACCUUCGUUCCACAGGUGAUAGUCUCUUGCAUGGGUACUGUAAGAAGCAUGCACCCUCUAACUGCCCUUGAAUGACAGUUUACAAUUUUAUUUAAAACAUUGUCAUUGCCUUCAGGAACUGUAAAUCUUUGGCCCUCUUGCUGAGGGUGAGACAUGUCCUGCCACAUCUUCUCGAGCUGCUGUUUGUUGCUUGACUGGUCCUUGUGGCUUUGCUCCACAUGCUGCUUUCAGCUUCAGCUCAGAUGCAAGUGAUGCUCAGGGUAAGAUUGAUGCUUCCCUCCCAUGCUGUUUAGCAGGAGCUUGGAGAUGUGACUGGAAUCACCUUUCUGCUUAUGAAUUUCUUCUUCCAAGCCAAAUGCUCUUGGAGGAGGCCUCAGGUAUCUUUUGCAAAUGUACCAGCUGUUGCUUCUAGCACAAAUUUAGUGCUUUGAACAGGGAAUAAUUUAGCAUGCUCUCCUGAAACCAGACACUGCUGCCCUUCUCUGUUUUCUGGGUGGUGUGUGGUCUGGGGUAGAGCCUAAGCUUCUUGAUAUGUGAUCCUGUGAAAAGCUGGGGAGCAGGACGAGUCACUUGGGGCUGUGGUUCCUCUCUGGCCUGAGCUGCUCUGGCACUUCCCUGGACUCUGCUGUUGCAACUGUCCCGUUGUGCUGCCACUGGUGCUGCUUGUGUCUCACACUGGUCACUGUGCUGCCCAUGCAGAGCAGGUUUGCUUUGUUAUUUCCGUUGUUUUUGUCACUGAAUGCAUUGACAGGGCGCUUAAGUGCCAGCCUACCUGCUGGGCAAUUCCUGUGAAGAUCUGCUGAAGGGGAGAGAAGAGUUUUUGUGUUUUUUGGAUUUUUUUAGUAUAUGUAUUUUAAAUUAAAUAUAUUUAAAUAUACUUAAAUAUUUAAAGUGUGUUUCCCCUCCUCCAAGCUUUUUCACAGAGAGAAUAGAAAUACACGUUUUCACAGGCCCAUUGGUUGCAUGAGCCAGCUCCUUUUUCAGACUGUGUGCCAGUAGUUUCCCAAGGUACUGCUAGAACGGCCCUCCGUUCCCAAGCUGCCAGAGGGUAUUUUGAUUGCCAGCGUUGUGGGUGAACACUCCAUGGUUUAUGGGUGGUUACCCUGUUCAAUUUCCUAUAUGCUCCAUGUUCCACAGCUCUAGCAUUAAAACCUUUGGUGCAGCUCUUUUCCAUGUGUGUUGUUUCUCCAAUUGCCUUACUGCUCAUUCUUCAUUCCUACUUCCCAACCGCAGUGUCUGGGCAGUGCAAAUGCACCUCAGCUUUAUUUGCACCCACUCUGUGCCAUGGAGGUGGCUGAUUUCAGCUGCCCUGGGGCUGCCUCUGUCAUGGGACUGAGAGGAAACAUGUCCUCAGAAUGAAAAUAAAUGCUGGUUGUUUUUUUCCCCCCAAGGCUGUCCCAGUUCUGGCUGGCACUAAUGUCCAGUUUGAAUACAAGAUGUGAGCAGCAAUGCUUGGGACUUGGCACUGGGAAAGCGAAAUGGUAAUGGAACUCUCACCUGCACAGUUGAUACUGAAUAAAGAGAGGCAAAUUUA